CUCCCUGCCUCCCCCACUCCGGUUCCAGGAGAUCUCUCUUGGAGCUGGAGAGGAGAGGUCCGCCGUCUCUCUCUCCUCCAGCCGCCGCCGGGCUUCUUCUCCGCUGCUUCCCGCCGCUUCAUCAUGGAUCUGUGGACUAAAAGAACCGCUGGGAUUAUCGCUCGGGUCGCCCUGCUCCUCUCCUGCUCGUACGGGACAACCGGAGAAGAGGUGUGUGACAGUGGCCUGGUGUCCAAUCUGCCGCCGUCGUCCUUCAGAAGCUCCUCCCAGCUGUCCAGCAGCCACGCUCCGGGUUUCGCCAAACUCAACAAGAGAGAAGGAGCCGGAGGUUGGUCUCCUCUCGUCUCAGACAGAUAUCAGUGGUUGGAGGUCGACUUGGGCGAACGGACCAAGAUCACCGCCGUCGCCACACAGGGUCGUUACGGCAGCUCUGAUUGGUUGACAUCCUACCUGCUGAUGUUCAGCGACACUGGACACAACUGGAAGCAGUACAGACAGGAGGACAGCAUCGGGUCUUUUCCCGGUAACAGUAAUGCAGACAGUGUGGUUCAGAACAAGCUGCAGCAGCCGGCAUUUGCUCGCUUCCUCCGCCUGAUUCCUCUGGACUGGAACCCCAACGGGCGGAUCGGACUCCGGCUGGAGACCUACGGAUGUCCUUACACCUCUGAAGUCGUGAGUUUCGACGGCGGCAGCAGCGGUCUGGCGUUCAGGUUGAGUCCCGUGCCGAGGAAAACGUCCAGAGAAGUCGUCUCUCUAAAGUUUAAAGCCCUGAGGAAUUCUGGGACGCUGCUGCAGGCAGAAGGACGAGAUGGGCUCAGCCUCAGUCUGGAGUUGGAGAGAGGAAAACUUUUUCUGCUGCUCAGAAGAGGUGGAACUUCAUCAUCUGAAUCCCGGCGUCUCGCCUCCCUUGGUAGUCUGUUGGAUGAUCAGCACUGGCACCAUGUAGUACUGGAGCAAAAAAAUGCUCACCUCAACCUCACUGUGGACAAACACACAGAGAAAGUUCAGAUCCCUGCAGAGUUCAACCACUGGGACAUCAAACAGCUGAGUGUAGGAGCAGUCCAGAGCCUCGACUCUCAGAAACCAAUUGUCUCCAAGAGGAACUUCCACGGCUGCUUAGAAAACCUGCUGCACAACGGCGUCAACUUGAUAGAAUUGGCGAAAAACAACGACCACCAAGUUACUGUAAAGGGCAAUGUGACCUUUUCUUGUGCUGAGCCGGUUUCCGUUGCCGUGACGUUCACCGGCCCCCAGAGCUUCCUGCAGCUGCCGGGGGCGACGGCGUCCUCGUCAGGGGGCGUGUCUUUGGGUUUCCAGUUCAGGACGUGGAACAAGGCGGGGCUUCUGCUCACCUUUGACCUCCCUCAGCAGGGAGGUGUGGUCUGGUUGUACCUGAGUGAGGCCAGACUCCGGCUGCAGAUCCAUAAAGGUGGCAGAGCGCUGCUGGAGCUCACUGCAGGCUCUGCUCUGAACGAUGGUCAGUGGCAUUCAGUGGAUGUUACCUCCAGACGCAGCCGUCUGAUGAUCUCUGUGGAUAAAGAAGAAGGUGGCGUUGCUCAUGCAAACCCCCCAUUUCCUGUCACCGCGGGAGGUCAGCUCUUCUUUGGUGGUUGUCCUGCCGAAUACCACAGUCAGGACUGUGAAAACCCCUUCGACGUCUUCCAGGGCUGCAUGCGUCUCCUUGCUGUGGACAACCAGCUGGUGGAUCUCAUCACGGUGCAGCAAAGACUGCUGGGAAAUUACAGCCAACUGCAGAUCGACAUGUGUGGCAUCAUCGACAGGUGUUCCCCGAGUCGCUGUGAACAUGGCGGUCGCUGCAGUCAGUCCUGGACCGUCUUCCACUGUAACUGCUCCGACAGCGGAUACAGCGGAGCCACCUGCCACAGCGCUGUGUAUGAACAGUCCUGCGAGGCGUACAAACACAACGGCAACACGUCGGGACAUUUUUACAUCGACGUGGACGGCAGCGGACCAAUCAAACCACAGCUGGUCUACUGCAACAUGACAGAGGAGAACACAUGGAUGGUGAUGCAGCACAACAACACGGAGCUGACCAGACUGAGACCCUCUGCAGGUGUAAAACAGCAUUCAGUCCACUUCCAAUACUCAGCUCAGGAGGAGCAGCUGUCGGCCGCCAUCAGCCAAUCAGAGCACUGCGAGCAGGAACUGUCCUAUCACUGCAGGAAGUCCCGCCUCCUCAACACUCUAGAGGGUUCUCCGUUCAGCUGGUGGCUCGGUGGUCCUGGUUCUGGUCGCAUCCAGACCUACUGGGGAGGAGCUCAUCCAGGCAGCCAGCAGUGUUCCUGUGGCCUGCAGGGCGACUGUGUGGAUCAACAACACUACUGCAACUGUGACGCCGACCGCAUGGAGUGGACUGAAGACUCAGGCCUCCUGACACAUAAGGAGAGCCUCCCGGUCAGGUCUUUGGUUCUGGGCGACAUCCAGAGGCCAGGCUCAGAGGCUGCCUACAGGGUGGGACCACUGCGUUGUCAUGGAGACAAGAACUUCUGGAACGCUGCGUUUUUUGACAAGGAGACGUCGUACCUCCACUUCCCCACCUUCCACGGAGAGCUGAGCGCCGACAUCUCCUUCCUGUUCAAGACCACGGCCUCCUCUGGUGUGUUCCUGGAAAACCUGGGCAUCAAAGACUUCAUCCGCAUCGAACUGAGCUCCUCCACUCAGGUGCUUUUCUCCUUCGACGUCGGUAACGGACCGCUGGAGGUUCUCGUGGAGUCGAACGACCCGCUGAAUGACAACAGGUGGCACAGAGUCCGAGCUGAGCGGAACGUCAAGGAGGCGUCGCUUCGACUGGACGACCUUCCUGUCGCCACUCAGGAGGCUCCCACAGACGGACACUUCCACCUGCAGCUCAACAGCCAGCUCUUCAUAGGUGGCACAGCAUCCAGACAGAAGGGUUUCCGCGGCUGUAUUCGCUCUCUGCAGCUGAACGGCGUUACGCUGGACCUGGAGGAGAGGGCCAAGAUCACACCCGGAGUUCAGCCUGGCUGCCCGGGUCACUGCAGCAGCUAUGGUUCACUCUGCCAGAACCAGGGCCGCUGUGUGGAGAGAACCAACAGCUUCCACUGUGACUGCAGCCUGUCGGCGUACACCGGAGUCUUCUGCCAGACAGAGGUGUCGGUCAGCUUCAAGCCUGGAUCGUCCGUCAGCUACACCUUCAAGGAACCCUAUGAGCUGAGCAGGAACAGCAGCGCUCUGCCGUCCUCCAUCUACUCCGACAUGACGCUGAGAGGAGAGAACGUCUCGCUGAGCUUCAGGACCAACCAGAGUCCUGCUCUGCUGCUCUACGUCAGCUCCUACUACAGAGAACACCUGGCCCUGCUCAUCAACAAGAACGAUAAGCUGGAGGUGAGAUACAAGCUGGACAGCAGCAGAGAAGCUGAAGUGUUGGAGAGCAACGUGAGGAGUUUGGCCAACGGACAACUGCACACCGUUACCAUCAGGAGACUCUCAGACUCUGUGUCCAUUCAGAUUGACCAAAAUGCCAGAGAGGACUUCAACCUGACAUCUGACGGAGAAUUCAAUGCCGUCAAGUCGCUGGUUUUGGGCAGAGUGCAUGAGUCCGAUGACUUCGAUCCAGACCUGGCCAGGUUGGCGUCUCUGGGUUUCGCCGGCUGUCUGUCGGUGGUUCAGUUUAACACCAUCAGCCCUCUGAAAGCAGCUCUGCUCCACCCGGACACCAGCCCCGUCGUCAUCAACGGACCUUUGGUUCAGUCCAACUGUGGCUCUGCAGGAUCAGCCAAUCCCUACGUUGAGGAGAACACACACCACCUGUCAGACCAGUCUGGUUCUGUGGGUUCAGGUCAACCUUUAGUCAAUGCCAUCAGGACCGACUCGGCUUUCAUCGGAGGUGUCAUAGCUGUUGCCAUCUUCGUGAUUGUCACUGCCUUGGCCAUUACUGCUAGAUUCCUCUACCGAAGAAAAGAGACGUAUCGAAACCAGGAAGCGAAGGAAGUCAAACAGGAAGACAGCCAAGAUUUCUCUUUCAACAACCAGGCCGACUCCCAGAACAUCUCCACUGAAAACCCGAAAGAGUUUUUCAUUUAACUGGAGGUCUGGCGAGCUGAGAGGUUUCUGGAGAUGAGGGUGCAGACUGGAGUGCCCGGCAACGCCUCAGGACUUGACACUGCACUCCGAGCCCAUCUCACACCGUUUGAUGGACGUAGUGGCUCCAUGCAAUAUAGAACGCAAAAAAGAAACAGUGCACACAGUUUUGUCUUUCACUGUAUAUUGUGUAUAUACUGAUUCAAACAGUGCUGGACCUAAAAGAUGUUGAUAUCCUUGUUUCAACAACUGUAAAUAUAUAAAGUUGUAAAUGUUGGCGUAAUGUCUAAACCAAUCUCUAGCUAAUGUCACUCUGUCAUCUUGAAAGGUUGCAGGUGCAGUGCCUGAAGAAGUUUGUUGUUGUUUUUUUUUGCCUUUCAACAUUGAAUCAUCAUCAAUUUCAUUUGUCUUUUUAGACAAGAAUUUACAAAAAAAAUGAAAGGAUUUGUUUUUGUCAAAAUAAAAACAGAUUUCUACAAAGUCAUGUCAGUAAGGACAAAUAUAAAUGUAAAAUAUUAUAUAAACACCUGAAUAUGACUACACCAAAAUGAACAAAAGUACAAAACAAUCAACUCUGUAAAACGGUUAUUCCAAAAAAAAAACAAAUUCAGGGGAUGGAUACCAUAAAAACACCAUCAAUAAGAACUGGAAGGAAUAUGCCUCAUGUGUAAAUCUACCUACAGCAGGCCGUCCUCAGAACAUGGGUGACCAAGCAAGAAAAUAACAAGUGAUGGAGGCCACCAAGACACCUAUGACUCCUCUGAAGGAGAUACAAGCUUAAGUUGUUGAGACAGGAGAGACUGUAGAUACAGCAACUGUUGGCUGAUCUUCACCAGUCAAAGCUUUAUGGUACAGUGGCAAAGAGAAAGCUACUGUUGACAAAAUAUCAUAUUAAAUCUUGACUGGAGAUCAACAGAAGGCAUGUGGGAGACUCUGAAAUCAACUGGAAGAAGGUUUUGUGGUCUGAUGAGACCGCAAAUUAGCUAUUUGGCUAUCAGAUUAGAUUGUAGUGGACACCAAACACUGCAUGUCAUCACAAAGACACCAUUCCUGCAGUGAAGCAUGGUGGUGGCAGCAUCAUGAUGCGAAGCAUGGUGGUGGCAGCAUCAUGAUGUGAAGCAUGGUGGUGGCAGCAUCAUGAUGUGAAGCAUGGUGGUGGCAGCAUCAUGAUGUGAAGCAUGGUGGUGGCAGCAUCAUAAUAUGAAGCAUGGCGGUGGCAGCAUCAUGAUGUGAAGCAUGGCGGUGGCAGCAUCAUGGUGUGAAGCAUGGCGGUGGCAGCAUCAUGAUGUGAAGCAUGGUGGUGGCAGCAUCAUAAUAUGAAGCAUAGCGGUGGCAGCAUCAUGAUGUGAAGCAUGGCGGUGGCAGCAUCAUGAUGUGAAGCAUGGCGGUGGCAGCAUCAUGAUGUGAAGCAUGGCGGUGGCAGCAUCAUGGUGUGAAGCAUGGCGGUGGCAGCAUCAUGAUGUGAAGCAUGGCGGUGGCAGCAUCAUGAUGUGAAGCAUGGCGGUGGCAGCAUCAUGGUGUGAAGCAUGGCGGUGGCAGCAUCAUGAUGUGAAGCAUGGCGGUGGCAGCAUCAUGAUGUGAAGCAUGGCGGUGGCAGCAUCAUGGUGUGAAGCAUGGCGGUGGCAGCAUCAUGAUGUGAAGCAUGGUGGUGGCAGCAUCAUGAUGUGAAGCAUGGCGGUGGCAGCAUCAUAAUAUGAAGCAUGGCGGUGGCAGCAUCAUGAUGUGAAGCAUGGCGGUGGCAGCAUCAUGAUGUGAAGCAUGGUGGUGGCAGCCUUAUGAUGUGAAGCAUGGCGGUGGCAGCAUCAUGAUGUGAAGCAUGGCGGUGGCAGCAUCAUGAUGUGAAGCACGGCGGUGGCAGCAUCAUGAUGUGAAGCACGGCGGUGGCAGCAUCAUGGUGUGAAGCACGGCGGUGGCAGCAUCAUGGUGUGAAGCACGGCGGUGGCAGCAUCAUGGUGUGAAGCACGGCGGUGGCAGCAUCAUGAUGUGAAGCACGGCGGUGGCAGCAUCAUGGUGUGAAGCACGGCGGUGGCAGCAUCAUGGUGUGAAGCAUGGCAGUGGCAGCAUCAUGGUGUGAAGCAUGGCAGUGGCAGCAUCAUGGUGUGAAGCAUGGCGGUGGCAGCAUCAUGGUGUGAAGCAUGGCGGUGGCAGCAUCAUGGUGUGGGGAUGAUUCUUGGCAGAAGCCCCAUGAGGUUUGUAAAGGUAGAGGAUAAAAUGAGUGCAGCACAGUAUCAGGAGAUCCUGGAUUACAACCUGAUGUAGCCGGCAAGAAAACUGCGACUUUGGGAAAGAUUUGUUUUCCAGUAACACAACGACCUAAAGCAUUCAGCCAAAGCUAUAAAGAAACAGUCUACAGACAACAAGGUGAAUGUUCUUCAGUGGCUGAGUCAAAGCCCAGACGUCAGUCCAACUGAGAAUUUGUAGUUGAACUUAAAAAGGACUUUUCAGUCACAAUCCCUGUGCAAACUGACAAAGCUUAGCCAGGUUUGCAAAGGAAAAUGCAGGGAACAUUGCAGAGUCCAGAUGUGCAAGACUGACUGGAAUCUAUCCACACAGGAUCAAUACUGUUUGUUUUUAGUAGAUACAAAGGUGCAUCCUGUAAAUACUGGCUUGAAGGUGGUGGGUACUUAUACAAUCACUCAUUUUAGGUUUUAUUUUUUUGAGUUGGCAUUACUUUGUAGAAAUCAGUUUUCAUUUGACACGAAAGAAUCUUUUUUCUAAUUCUUUGCCAAAAAAAAGCCAAAUUAAAUUGACCACAAUUCAAUGUUUAAAAGUAGUAAAAGUGGAAAACUUCCAAGGAGGGCGAACACAUUAUCUAGGCAUUGUACUAUUAAAGGAAACAGAUUUUUGAUUUACCUUUAUUUCUUUAUUGUACUGAAUCGGGGUGCUCGGAGUGAUUCUGCUGAUGGCAAUAUUUCAUGAAAGUGAUAAAUGGGAUGCUUAAAUUUGAAGUGGAAGUGUUCCACCUUUAAUCAGGCCCUCAGGAAGAGUUGUUGUUUUAUUUCUAGGAGCUGGUGUUUGUUCAUGUGUGAGGCCUUUUUAUUAUGUGAGCAGCUCAAUGUCAGAGUGCAUUCAGCCAGCAAACACACAUAAAAUACCUGGAUGUUUUAUGAUUUUUUCUUUUGAUUUUCUUUUGGUUUUCUUGCAGGUGGCAUCUUUUAAAUCAGCAUUGUCUUGCUGUCUCCAGUCACAUCACCAUGAGCCCAUCUGUGUCAGUAGAGUCCUGCAGCUACUGGUUGAGAUAUUUUUAUACAUUUUUAUUUUUUCUCCCAUCUCUCUUUUUGAGUCCUUCCUUUCCUGUAGUUAGUGAGCUUUUCCUAAAAAAGCUUGUUCAGACUGUUCAGUCUGUUAUUCAAGUUUUUUUCCUCCCUGCUGCAUGCUGCCUGCUGGGAGCCUCCUCUCCCAUUUCUCUAAAUGUCUCCGGAUAGCGAAGCUUUUAACACUGACAGCAGCACAGACGCUAUAACGCCGUGGCUGUCUGUCACCUCGUUGGCUGCACGCAGAGACAGUUAAUGUGUUUUUUGAAAUGCUAAUCUGCUCUGAUCUGACAGGUGGAUUGUGGUGAGAGAGAGAGAGAUGAUGAUGAUGAGAACGAGACGGAAAGAUAAUCUGAGACACUGUGUCGAGCAGACGUGCUUAUAAUGAAAACACAUUCUGAUAUUAACACUCGAAAAUGAAGCAAAUCCCUCCACGUGUUAAUCCAGCUCAUGUGUAAAGAGUCGCUGCUGACAGAGCGGCAAGCAGAGGAUCGACAGCAGCUGUUUGUCAAACACACCACCGUCUCUCUGCGAGAACCCCCGAAGCACAGAUGAGAUUUUAAUGACAAAAGUUGCUAAAUCUUCAAAGUGCAUUAUUCAUCUCUUUCUUUGUGUUUUAUUCAUUCCCCCCCACAAACCUCACAACAGCUGAAGCCAUGCAUUGUUGUCUUUUCCGCAUGCUUCCUCCCAGAGAGUUCAUUCUUUGGUGAAGUGUCGACUGCAGCACUUGAUUGCUGAGAGGAGCUCAACAGGUAACCUUGACAGCCAGAUAAUCUUUCAGACUGAGCGCUGCUGGAGGACACGCUGCAUACGGAUACAGCAAAUAAAAUGUUUAUCACAACGUGGAGAAGAACGUUUGCAUUUUUCACAUGCUCAACCUCUGCAGAGUAACAGCAGCGGGUCAUCGACGUAUACGCUGAUGUUUGACUUUCAACCUGUGUCACAGUGAGCGACCUGUUUCAUUUUGUCAAACCACUUCCAGACAACACAGCAAGAACAUAACAGGAGUUUUAUAUUUGGACUUGCAUAUUUUCUCCUCUAUCCUGAAUGUUUUGGUUGAAUUCGCCUCUAAAGGAUAAAAGCCUGGUCACACCUGACGGUAGCAAAGCAUCACUGAGCAAGUCUUCAUGAAAAGUCAGGUUACAGCCAAUAUGGGUGUACAAAAUUGCAUUCGUAUACAACUAAACUGCCAAAUAUGUUUCUAAGGGAAUGUAGUGUUAUGAAAUAAACAUAAUUUGUGACCUCUGAGGUGGUGUGAACAGCAGCCAGUUUGAAAGAGGAACCAAGUCCAUGCUAAGAGGCAGGAGGGAUCUUUUUGAUGAUAUAAAACUGCAACCAGACUUUCACCCAGAAGGCCAUUGAUUGUGUACCAUGAUGGGAUAUUUAAGGAUGCAGGCUUGGUAACUGAGGCUACUUUAACUUUACACAUUGAAGUGUCUGAAAAAAAGAUUUUUCUGUAGUAUCCAAGUUAUUCAGAUUGGAUUUUUUUUUUUUUUUACAGACGUGAACAAACGGAGUCUUAAUAUCACAUCAGGACCACUUGCAUAUUUGGUCCUAGAUUUUGGUACCCUGGUUGUCUGUGUGUGUAUAUAUAUAUAUAUAUAUAUAUAUAUAUAUA